GUAUAUAUAAAUUCGUAAUGUACAAUUAUAAUAAAUAUAAAUUUUAUCUUGUCUCUUUCCCCAACCCUGUUCCUUGGAACUCGCUUUAAUAAAUUAAUCGAUCCGAUAUAAUAAAUGUAUAUAAUGUAUAUAAAUAACGUACAAUUACGAUGAAUAAUUGUACGGUAAGGAGAAUAUUAUCUUAUCUUAUCUUAUCUUCUUCCCCCGCUUCGUUGCUUGAAAUUCGCUUUAAGAAAUUAAAAUAGAUAGAAAUAAACGUAAUUACGAUAGAAUAUUCCGAAUAAACGUAAAGAGAAAUUUUUAUCGCGAAUUAUUAUUGUUCUCCGAUCUAUUUCAUUCUAUUAUAACGAACGAUGGAGAUCGCAAACGAUACAUUUUCGCGAGAAAUUUGAUAUUAAUAAGACUGGCAUCAGGGCGAGAGAAAAUGGAGAUGAUCGAAAUGAAAUUAUUACCAGGAAAAAUCGAUGCAGCAUCGUCCACGCUCGCGUUUGUUAAUCGAAGUUAGCGAAAAGCAGAGAAGCGGGCGGUGAAAAGCAGACAAUCAGGCGAACCUAUCAAUAAACGAUAGAGAGAAAUCAAUCGAGGCGGAGAUAUCAGGAAAACCGGAGGAGUUCCGGAAGUUGAAUUAAACAUCUGGCAUUAUUUACAAAAUUCCUCCAGUAUCGCCAUUCGCGUUAAAUCCUGAUGACUUCAGGGAGAAUCAUGCUGCGAGGACAUCUCAGUCCUGUCGAUUUCUUACAGGGCUUCUUCAAAACUCUCCUUAGAAGAAAUUUUACCGUAGGCAAGUUACUCCACAUGCGUAUCUCCCUUCUCUCUCUCUCUCUCCCUUUCUCAUCGGAUUUAUAUUACGCUCGAAGACGAGAAAAAAAGAAAACUUUGGCUCACCAUUUUCUUCGUUAACCUUUCGAUUGUUGGCCGCGUGCGCUCGUCGCAUGCGAAAAUAUUACCCAACCUUUUUAAUCCCGUAUUAUUAUCACGACUCUUCUCGAUAUUGAUCGAACGAUAUAUAUAUAUGUAUAUGUUGUUUCUCUCAUUUAUCUUUCGACAUUUAUUUUCACAGCAUCCGUCAGAUAUAACAAAAAUUAUGGGAAGAAGGAUAAUAAGAUGGUUGCCUGGCUGAUGCACAUUCUCAAACACGCAGAUGGGACGUGCGACGCUGAUACGAUAUACGAGAAAGCCGAACCCUCGGUGACGGUUGCCCUCAGUCACGCGGAUUUUGCGAAUAAGGUUCCGACUAUAGAAUCGAAAUACGAGAGGUCGAACGAGGACGAGGAGGAGGAGGAUUACGGGGAGGACCAAGGGGAUUCCUCGGCUAAGGACGACGAGCUGAACGACGACCAGUCUCAAUUGAAUUACAGAUCGUUGGCGCGGAAUCCGAAUUUGUUCCGAUCGCCCCCCAAUUACCCGAGCAUACGCACUAUAAUCAAUUGCACGCCGAGGAACACGAAGCCGCCGAUCAGGGAGCCGAACAUGCCCGUGAAGCAGGACAAGAAGGAGGAGAAGAAGGAGAAGAAGAAGAAGAAGCCGGUGAUACGGAUGGAGGGCGGCGUCACGGGGACGGUGCAGAACGAGGCCACGGUGGAGAGCAAGCUGCACGACAACCUGGACGUGGCCAACUUCCAGUGGGGGGUGAAAGCCGUGGAGGAGGCCGGGCAGCAGCCCCAGCAGCCGCAGCAGCCCGCGUGCUACGCGGUGAACCAAGCCGCCACGGCGGCGACGACCCAGGUGAACGCCGUCCGCGCGUUGAAGAACUGGCAGGCGACGCUGAGCUCGGCGAAGGGCGAGGAGCCGGGCAAGGACGCGGCGGCGAGCGGCGGCAAACCGCAGCAGGCGGCGGUGGCGAAGAAGGAGGAGGAGAAGAAGGAGGAGACCACGUUGGAGUCGCUGAAGAAGAUGCUCAAGUCGAGCGCGUUGAAGGAGACGAGCAUGGUCGACGAGGAGUACAACAUACCGAGCAACGCCAACUUCGAGGCGGAGAUAAACGCGUGGAAGGACCUGGUGCAGAAAUCCAAGGUCCCGCUGGACCCCAGCAAGGAGGACUUCGCUGGGCGGGAGAACGACGGGCGCAUGGAGAUGCUGUCGAUCAGGCCCGAGCCACCCGAGCCCAAGCUCGACGUGCAGGCGGUUCCGACCACCGACUCGGCCGCCAAGGAGGACGAGGACGAGGGGGAGGGUGGAAGGGACGUGAAGGGGUUGGAGGGUAAACGGGUGCCGAGCCCGAACGACGCGCAGAAGUUCGACACGAAGAAGCUGCACACGGGCCCGUUCUUCUCCGUGGCGAGCGCGCGGAAGGGGAGCAGCGCCGGCUACGCCAUCAAUCGCAAGUGCCGCGACUUGUGGAUCCUCGACUCGUUUAAAGACGCGAGGGUGUCCACGCUGGACUACUCGACCAACGCUGAGACCGACUGGGGAAGCUUCAAGAAGGAGGAGGAGGCGGACGAGAUGAAGAUGAAGGGGGACGAGAUGAAUCUGCGGGACAACUUCGUCAAGGAUCAGGAGGGGAUCGAGGGUAUGGAGGGCAACGCCUCGGGCGUGGAGAACGUGUCGGCGAUGGAGAGCGUUGGGCCUGUUCGGCAACAGGAGCAGCAGCAGCAGCAGCAGCAGCAGCAACAGCAGCAGCAGCAGCAGCAGUCGGACAUGAGCUUCGGGCAGGCGCAGAAAGAGGUGGACGCGGAUUUUGGGGACAGUUUGAACACGAUUGCCGAGAAGGACAUCGAAAUGUCUCUGAAUAACCCGCAGCAAGAGAGCUCGGAGAGCAAGGUGUUGAUGAAUAUAAGGGACGCGCCAGACAUGGACAUAAGGAAGCACGAGACCGACGACAACAUGUACGUUAGAUCGGAGCAAGGGGCGCCGUCCAAUUUGGAUUAUGGAAAUCCGUACGAGGACGAUUUUUAUCCUGGCUACGAAUCCAUGACGUUGGAAUCACCAGAAAAAUUAUCCGCAUCCCAAAGCCAAGAGGAACCGUCCAUCAUGGAAGAAGAUUCGCGUCCCGAUCAAAAUAAAGACUUGUACUCGGACAGGCGGCAUGUUCAAGAAGUAAUCAUAGACAAUAAUUACAUAAGGAUACCGGGUGAUCCUUAUCCGUACAGUCGAGAACACUUCUACAAGUGGCAUAUGCACAAACGGGUCGGAUCCGGGAAACAGCUCAACAAUCCUAACAUUAUAAAUUCGUCGAUUAACUCCUCGAAACCACUGCGUGUCGAUAGCCAACAACCGGCUCGCAAGUUGUCUUUUUACGCUCGAGCGGUCGAGAGUUACGAUGUGGAAUAAAAACAUUUCGUUCGUCGUUUAAAAGUAAACUUUUUAAUUCGAAAAAGUUCGACAAAUAUUAUUUACCAAGCGGUCCAAGAAAUCUUAGGAUGUUGAACCUUGAAAUGUUUUUCUUUUUAUUAUUAUCGAUAAUUAUUAACACCCAGAUCUUUUAUGUAAAGGAAAUUUUGUAUUAAAUUUUGUUGAGAACGCUUCAUUGCAAUUCGCGUAUUAGUUUCUACUUGUGAAUUCUGAACUGAUUCUUGUUCAAAAUGUUUAUUACUCUUGGUAAAUAUUUUGUCGCGAUUCUAACGUAAACUGUAAAAAAAAAAAAAAAAAAAAGAAA